AUGGCGUACUCGCCACGCCCUAUCUCGCCCAUACCGGCUGGCGACCGCAGCGGUUUGCAUGGCAGAGGCAAGUCUUUAAGCCCUCCACCAGGCACGAAUCCGCCCCAGUCGAAACGCGACAAAAGACGCACUCAGCUACAGGAGCGACUGCACGACCUGACGAUCGCAUUCAGCCAGAAUCGCGAUACGCAGUUCCGCCAACAACUCCAUGCCCUUCAGUGCGAUAUGACGCUAAUCAACAAUGCUAACCCUUACGAGCCCGGUCCCUUGUCCGACUCGGCUGAGGAUAUCGCCCAGCUGAUUGAGACGACCGUCGGAGGCGGCAAGUUCGGACGAGAAAUGGCGACCCGGUCGGGCAUUUGGUUUUCGCGCUUUGUGCAGGAGAUUAAUGAGAUCAAGGAAGACCGAGAUGCAGAGCUCGUUGCAGUCAUGAAUCGUCACCACGAAGCCCUCCAACGCUACAAGCACGAAUAUUCAUGGCGACAGCAUUUUGCCAGAGAAGAAUAUAAACAACUGUCGGGGACUUUGCGGGAGCGACUGAUCCAGAAAGUCACUGCGAACAAGACGCGCCUCAUGCGUGAAAGAGAGCAGAUGGAUAUCUCCGAUACCAAUGCCCUUCUCCUUCACCCGAAUCAAUUCACAAUCACCAACCCAUCUAGUCCCGGCGGUAUUCAUAGCAAUCGCAAGACUCGCCAUACUAGACAUCGCGUUGGAAUUGACGACCUUGGUAAUGGUAUUGAAGGGAACAAGAGAAAACGCAAAGCUGCAGACGAUGAUGUCGGGUCUCCCGCUCGUGAUGGGCUGUCGACUCCAGCAGAGCGCGGCAAGGCAAUUGCCGAAAAACAGCAGACGGACAAGGUAUACAGCAUCAAUUCGCUAUUCACCGACAAAGAGCUGGCCCUGCACGCCAAUCAUGCGCAUGUUGCUACUGCGCACUUUUUCUCUACGUCUAAGAACCAGGAAGGCGUUGGCACUGCAACGAAUGGCAACAACAGCGACGCCGAUGAUGCCGAUAGCGCUGCUCUCAUGGAUGAUCUCGGAACCCCCGUUGCAGCAGACAUGACACGCACUGCUAGCCAGAGCUACCACGCUACUCGGUCGACGCGAAACCAAGGCAACGUUGGACUGAACAUUCUCGCCGAGCUCUCCGAUAAACCAGCGACGCGCCCCAAUCUGCCAUACCACAUCCUGGCCAACCACAGCUCGCGCAGCAACCAAAACGCACCGCCUCUGACCUCCCUGAUGAACGAAGAGAUUGACGAUGAUAUUUCCCGUAUGGACCGGCUACAGACCAAGCCUCAUGGCUGGAUCGAUAAGGGUCUGAUUGACACGAUCACCGAGCCCUUCCCCAGCGAAGUUGACGGAAACCCCCUGAAUUCAGACCGUUUCAGUCUGCUGCAUCCUGAAUUCCCUAUUGAGUUGGGUAUCAAGUGGUAUCCCAUCGGCGGAAAGAGUGCGACUAGCAAUGAGAUGUUCCCGCAGUUGAAUGAGCGUACAAGCGCGAGACGUCGGGGCUUGUCCACGAUUAUCACGGCGAUGAGGAGAAUACAAUACCAUCAUCAGCCUCAGUUUAUCGCACUACUCAUACUCAACAUGGCCACCACAACGGUAACCACUACCUCAGCACAACCUAGCGAUUACAUACCCCGCGGCCCGGUCGAGACUGACCUCACCUUCUACGUUCCCCCCGCGGACGGCUCAGCCCCGUUCAACUAUGUCGAGAGCCCUCCAGCCGGCCAGCCGCAACGGAACUACAAGGAGGCCAUACACAAAGUCACCGUCGAUGACAUCCGAUCCCACGAGGUCGAGUAUAGUCUAGACAAAGACGCUUUCCAAGUAUUUAGCGGCGUAUCCACUGCCACCACCUACGAGACAUUCAACAACGACGAGGAUGUUGAACGUGUGUACUACCCCGAAGUCGAAAAGUUCUUGCUGGACAAUGUGCCUGGCGUUCACAAAGUGAUUCUCUUUGACCACACCAUCCGUCGCGAGAACCCCGCUGCCAAACGUCAGCCUGUCAACCGCGCACAUUCCGACCAGACCGACAGAGCGACAGAGUGGCGGGUGCGGUUACAUAUUGAAGACAAGGAUGAGGCUGAGGAGUUACUGAAGGGGCGAUAUCGGAUUAUUAAUGUGUGGCGUCCUCUGAACGGAAGCGUGCAAUCAUCGCCCCUGGCCUUUGCAUCUGCGGCGUCAGUGAAGGAUACCGAUCUUGUACCCGUGGAGCAUCGCUAUCCCACGCGAACUGGAGAAACCGUUGGUGUGGUGUAUAAUCCGGAUCUGAAGUGGAAGUAUUGGUCUGGCAUGGACAACGACGAGAGGCUUCUAUUGAAGUGCUCAGAUAGUCAGCCUGGGGUGGGCAAGAGGUGCCCGCACACUGCCUUUACCGACCCAAGGACGCCUCAGGGUGCGAAGCCAAGAGAGAGUAUUGAGGUGAGGGCUUUGGUUUUUGGAUAA